CUACUCUCAUGACGUCAUAGGUUGUUGUAAAAUCUCUGCCGCAAAAUGGGCUGGUCCACGAGCAUGUAAACAUUCAAGAUGGCGGAAAGUUUUUUCUGGAAAGAAGUAGAAACUCGUCAGUGUCCUCCGAUUUCAAGAUGUCCCUUCUCCGGAGAUAAAGGUUCAUUGAAGGUGUUCAGAGACAAAGUUGUUGGAAUGGAGACAUUCCUUCAGACAGAUCCUUACCUGAAGUUUGAACAAUCCGUUCUGACCAGAGUCCUGUACAAACUGUCAGCGUCUCUCAGGAGGAACAAACAUUACCAGUACCUCAAGAUGGUAGAGAAAUCCCUCUGCAAGCUUGCAAGACAGGAGCUGGUUAGAGCUGUUUCCCAUGUUAGCUGCUGCUGCCCAAGUUCUAAAGAUGGUUCAGCAGGAGGCGCUGCUGCACUGAUACCCAGUCGGCAACUGGUAGAGUUUCUCCUUGUGAAGCUGCUGGGGGCUGCAGAGCUCACCAAACGGACCAUCAGUCUCUGUGCAGAAGCAUUCAUCCUCAUAGCGCAACAGAUCACCAGAUCUCUGUUCCUGGCUGCCAACUGCACACUGUUGUCCAUAACCAGCAGACUGUGGGCUUUGUUAAAGAGUUUUCAGGAGAAGUUGCACGAGUGGUACUCCUUCAUUAGACCUUGGGUUGACAUGCUACAGGGCACACAGGUACAAUGGUUGCCAGAGGGCGCCAAACUGCCCUUAGAUAUUGGGGAGUGGCUUGCACCCGAGGACACAACCCAGCAGCAGUCAAGAAUGCAGACCAGUCUAAGCAGUGUUAGCCCCAAGACUCUGGGUUUCCUGGAUCACCUGUUCACCUCACCUGUCCCCUCACCUGAUGACAGGCACCAUCCUUCAAACACUGAUGCUACCCCUGGUAUUGGUACAUCAACAACAGACAAGCCUGUGCCUGUUAAGAAGAGUAAAGUCGCACCUGUAGCUCAGAGCACACCUAUGUACAGCUCACCUUUUCUUCAUGCUGAAGAGGGAAUUCACAAUGACCUUGACAUGGAUCUCGGAGAGCCAGUUUGGUCCAGCAUCAGGAACAACAGAUCAUCCAGGCACACACAGGAAAAUAUUGUAGUCCAACCCUCAAAAUUGAACUUUGGAGAAGAGGAUGACUCACAGGUAGAAAGCUCCAAAUCCGUACGGAAAAGAAAGAGCCGAACCAAGAAGGAAGCAGAAUUGGAAAACCAGGAAGAUAUUCCCCAUCCCACAAAGAAAAGGAAAAAGGACACUAAAGAAAUGAAAGAAGAUGAAACAAAGGAACUUGUACAAAACCUUGUGAAAGGAAAGAAGAGGAAAGCAAAGGUUGAUAACAUGCAAGAAACACAAUGUAAGAAGAGCAAACCACAGUCAACAGAAGAUGUUGAAAAUACUCAGAAAGAAAGAACAUUGCAUUUGUCAAUAGAAGAACAUACUCAAAGUAAGAAGAAAGGGAAAAAGAAGACAACAACCAAGGUUACAGGAGACAAGAAAGAUUCUCACCAACCAAAUGAUUUUAGGACAGAAACUUGUAAGGCAAACCAAGAUGUAGAAAACCCUGGUGGUAUAGCAAGUAUAGAAAAGGGAAAUGAAUGUAUGGUGAAUGCCAGUAAAACAUUCACAGACUUGUUGAAGUGCUGUCAGUUGAUUGGUGAGAAAGUUCAGGAAGAAGCCGCAGAAGCCAAGCUGCAAAAGCUGACCUUGAAAAUCAAGAGAUGUGCUAAUAUGGAGAGCCAAGGGAAGAUGGUGAAAUUUGACUUGAAUGACGUGAAAUCUAAAGUGCUCCGACUUGCCCAAACUGUGUCGCAAUAUGAGCAAAGUGGGAUAGAGAGGUCAGGAAAGGAUGUCAGGAAUCUUAAAGCUACAGAUUUUAAAGAUAACACAGGUGUUAUGAAAAAAGGUCAAGAUACUAUUAAGGAAAGUCCAAAGUGUACAACCAUAGUCUUAAGCCCUGAGAAUGCAAGAAUGUCCACUGUAGUACCCAGUAACAUUCAAGUGAUUCCUGAGUUACCAUCAGAGAAGAAACGAGAUGAUAUAGUAAAGAAAAAGAAGAAAAGAACAGGGAAGGGUAGAGUUAAAAAGGAAAAGAAUCUAUUUGUUAAGAAUGAUGCCUUGCUAAAGAAGACCUUCAGUUUGAAGGACACAGAUGAAAUAGAUGACAUAUUCAGUGGGCUUGACUAGUGUCAAGUAAAGAGGCAGGCCUAUCAGUCAUGUAGUUUCAUGUGUGAAUAAAGGUAUGCUCUGACUCUUAGCUGAAUUAUGCAAAUGUUUACAAACUUUAUGGACAAAAACUGAAAAAUGAUCCAGGUAAAUAAAGAGUGCAAAGUUGAACUUGGCAAA